CCUUUAAAUGCAUAGCAUAUUCAACGUGUUCAGGAUUAGACUGGAUGCGCCUCAAUCAAUAAAUGUUGAUUAAUAGGAUCUUAAAAAUGCUUCGUAAAUUUUGUGGUACUUAUUGAAGUCCAUUUUGAAUUACCAAAAAGAAAACAGUUUUUUUAAAAAAUUGCCUUUUUAAUUGUAGCAAUCGAAUAAUUGAAAAUAAUUUGACAAAUAUAAAUUAAUGUUUAUUUUUUGAAAUGUAAACUCAGAAAUUUUAACGUAAAUAAAGUAAAAUAUUUAACAGAAUUAAGUUUUAAAUGUUUUUUAUCGCAUUUUUGAAACUUGUUUCGAAAAGGUAGCUUAAUAAUUCACUUUGUUCGUUCGUUCGUUCGGGCGAAUAAAAACUUUUUAACUAGACAUCAUAGCGAGUUCAAUGCGCUGAAGUCCCUCGAUCAAUAACACGAGGAUUUUUGUAAUUUUGUAGAUUUUUGUAGGUUCCGGGAAGUGGCAUCAAUGGCCUACAUGGUAGAGCGUUGGCCUUACUUGCCAAAAGUCCUUAGUUCAAUCCCAGUCCAAGUCAAGUUGAUGAAGCUCUUUUUCCAUUUCACCGUUCAAGUUACGAAACUCGGUUCGUGUGUUGGGUUCAGUUUAGUGGUUUCGGUCAUGGCCUAAGACUAAGGUGUGUCGUGGGAUAUAAAAGGUUGUUCAACACUGGUCUAUGCUAAGUUCAUACAUUGUCGAUUGCAUAUUCAGAAACUAAGUAUGAAAUUACAUUUCCAUUUAGCUAAUCUGUUGCUUAUGAUUCCAUCUUUUAUUUUAAAAACUAAUUUGUUUAUAAAUUUAAUGUCAAGUGAUUCAUCAUAUGGGAAUUCCGAACACAUUUAAUUGCAUAAAUUGUAUGCCAUGCCCCUUUGAUCUCACACAAUUGACUGAGUCGGUUUAAAAAUAUUCAAAUAAAAACAAAAGCCAAAGAAGUGAAUAAGUUGAAGCUGUAUUAGUGCAAACAGAGAGAAAAUGAUGCCACAAUAAAGAGCAAAAAUUGAGAAUAAAAUUCCAAAAAUAUGUUUCACAAAAAAUAUAUUGAGCAGUUCUUAUUGGAACCGCAUUGAAGUCAAAUCAUGGAUUAGAUUUGACAUUCUUUGUGGGCAGCUUAAAAGAUUUGAAAUUUUUUAAAAUAAAACAUUCAAAAUUGUUUUGACGAUUUUUAAAAAUUACAAAAAAAUUAAAAAGAUUUUUGAAAUUUAAAAAAGUUUAAAAGUUAAAAAGGUUUAAAAGUUAAAAAGGUUUAAAAGUUCAAAAGUUGAAAAUUAAAAGAUUAAAAAAUUGAAAUUAAAAAAAUAUUUUAAUUUUUCGUGAAAUAUUAUCAAAUCAAAAAUGUCAAAAAUCUGGAAAUUUCAAAAAUUUCAAAACUAUAAAAUUUAAAAAUAAAAAUAUAAAAAUAAUUUAAAAAAUAAUAAAAACAUAUACAAAAUUCAAACAGAGUUUAAAACAAAUUAAAAAGCUUUUUGAAAAUAAAAUUAUAAAAAAAAUAUUUAAAAUCAAAAAACAUUUUUAUUCAAAAUCCAUAUCAAAAAUGUCUACCGAAAUCAAGCCGUCAUCCGAAAGGAAGUGCACAAAUAUUCCAGCUUUGGUCUUUGCCAUCGUCUUCAUUGUCAUCACAGUCGUUUUAGUCACAUAUUGUGGAAUUGUUGCAGCAACUAAGCUUAAAUCAACUGGACUUCAAGAUGGAUGUGGAAACAUUUGUGGUCAAUUGAAUGUUAAAAGUGCUUCUAGUGACUGCGGGGAUCCAGACAAGCGCUUAUUCCCAAAACUCCUAAUUGAAGAAUCCCAUCACGAGGACGACACCGAAUACUUUGAAAAGACUCACAACCAAUGUGUUGAGAAAUGCCCACUUGGAUAUGAAGAACUAGAAGAUAAUUGCUUCAAAAUUGGAUCAUCUGAAGCUGAUCAGAAGUUUAAGGACGAUAUUGGACAAGCUGUAGCUGCUCUUAAGGCUACUUGGUAUUACAUCCUCGUCAUCUGCUUUGUGGCUUUUGUCUUCUCCUAUGUGUUCCUGAUUCUCUUCAGACAUGCUGCAAAAUAUGUCAUUUGGAUUAUUAACAUUGGUUUUGUUGUUCUUGUUGUCGGACUUGCUAUUUUGUGUGCAUUCGCUGGAAUUAUUGAAGGUGCUCUUAUGUUUGGCAUUAUGGGACUGGUGCUGAUUGGAUUUUUGAUCUUCUUCCGUAAAAGAAUCGCUUUGGUUGCCAAGCUGUUUAAGGAAGCAUCUAAGGCAUUGACAGAUGUUCCGUCUAUCAUGUUUGAACCUAUUUUGACCUUCAUCUCGCUUCUCGUCUCUUUCCUGAUUUUUGCAACAUUUGCAGUCAUUGUAACACUAGCCGGUGAAGAUGAGCCUCUAGCUGUGGCUGCUCAUUAUUGCAACCUAAUCUCUUUCAUCUUCAUCACUCAAUUCAUCAUCGGAUGUCAAAACUUUAUCAUUGCCGGCACCAUUGUCAGAUGGUACUUCACCAGAGACAAGACCAAGCUCCACAAACCAAUCAAAAAGUCAUUUUCUCAUCUGUUCAAGUUCCAUUUGGGAAGUGUCUGCUUUGGUGCUAUUUUAAUUACACUUGUGAAGCUGAUUAAGAUGCUUUUUACUGCCAUUAAGAAUUCAGCCAGAGAAAACAAAAAUGGAGUCAUUGUCCUCAUUGCCAGCCUUUUGUUGUGCCUUGUUGAACUACUUGAGGAUCUUUUGUCCUUCUUGGUCCGCAAUGCCUAUGUCAUCAUUGCUAAGGAAGGCGCACCAUUCUGUGACUCUGGAAAGAAAGCUAUCAAGCUUCUUGCUGACAAUAUUACAGACGUGAUUGCAUUGAAUCAUUUUGGGGAUCUUGUGCUGUUUGUCUGUAGAUUGAUUGUUGUGCUGAUUGCUGGUUUUGUUGGAUAUGCUGUCCUUAAACAGAAUGCUGGUCCAUAUGAAGACUAUAUAGCAGUUCCAUUGAUAAUCGGUUGCAUCCUUGCCUUCCUCAUCGCUCACUGCUUCGUGGAGGUCUUCGAGAUGACAGUUGACACAAUUUUCAUCUCAUUCUGUAUUGAUCUUGAGGAAAAUGAUGGACAGACUAAGCCUUACUACAUGUCUGAGAGCCUUAAGAGAAUAAUCAUGGAAAUGAAGGAACAUUCAGGCGGAACUUUAGUUCUGGGACCUAAAGGCGAUGAAGGAAUUGAAGGAGGAUUGACUGACGGAAGUGGAAUUCCAAUGUUGCCACCACAACAGCCUUAUCCACAGCCAAUGUACCCAAGUUUGGGAUAUGAUGAUCCAGUUCAAUAUCCACAGCAACCUUACCCACAGCAGCCAUAUCCUCAGUUCCCAACACAACCAGGAAUGCCUUAUCAACCUCAGCCAGGGGUGCCUUACCCAGAUCAACCAAUGCCUUCACAUGGAUAUCCUUCGCCAUAUCCAGAUCAACCAUAUCCACAGAAAUAUUAAAUUUAUUUUUUAAACUUUUUUUUAUAUAUUUAAUUCAGGAGCUGCUUCUUAAUAGUUUUAAACAACUGGUGUUUGCAGCCUCAUUUAAUAGCAAAACAUGAAAUUUGUCAUAAUAGGACACCAUUAAGCAUUCAUGUAGAUGUCAAAAGACCUUCUUAACCCUCUAUUUCCAUUUAUUAUGUCCAAAUCCUCAAUAACAAUAUCAACGUCUUUAAAUAAUAUUUUUUACUCAGGAAUACUUUUUUGAUAUUAUCCAAAAAACUAGUCAAUUUUAAUAGAUUUUUAUGUUGUUAAUGUUUUUAAAUAAUAAAAUUUAAAUAAUAAAUUUUGAAUUUGAAUCUCAGACAGUAUGAAAGAGUUGAUUUCUAAAAUCAAUGAUGGGCAGUUGUUGUUGUCAAAGGAUGCUAUUGAAGAGGAUGGAUUAACUGCUCAGCAGACGAUUGUUUAGUACACAAAUACAAAAAAAUAAAAUUAUUUUAAAAAAAAAAA